AUGCGCACUACCUCAUUGAUUUUCAGCGUCCUUUGCCCUGUUUCACUCGCAGCUAGCGCAGGAUGUGGAAGCACCUUGCCUUCGGGGCUUACACCGGGUAAAUCUACCACAAACGUGACAAUAUCCUCAAAAUCCGUCAUUGGCAAGACUACCGAACGCCGAUACAUUUUGCACCUGCCAUCUUCGUUCCAAGUCUCAAACGACAAGGCGGUGCCGCUGGUAAUCGCCUUCCAUGGCCAGCAGCAGCCUGCCAGAAGCAUGGAGGUGAUCAGCGAGUUAUCCAAUCCGGCAUUUAACCCAAACACUAUCGUGGUCUAUCCAGAAGGCAUGGAUGUUCAGGCUCCCGGCGUGCAAUGGCUAGGGGACCCAUUAGCCCCUACGUCCUCAGUGAUCGACGACCGGAUCUUUGUCGAUGAACUCCUUACACAUCUCACGUCCACGCUGUGCAUUGAUGAGAACCGUGUAUACGCCGCGGGCCUCUCUAACGGAGGUGGACUAACGGGCCUGUUGAUGUGCGAUCCCAAGUUGAACAAGAGAUUUGCAGCCUUCGCGACAGUAGCGGGCGCAUUCUACCCGGACGCAAGUUUAACAGAACCUCUGUUCCAGAGUGGCUGUCUUCCGAACUUGCAAGGCAGAGCGCUUCCUUACAUGAAUCUUCACGGGCUGAACGAUAGUGUGGUUGCAUACGAUGGCAACAACAAUCCGCCACCAGCAUCUAUCCCAGUUCUGAGUUGGGUUGAGGGAUGGGCAAAACGCGGCAACUGUUCGAACAAUCCUCCGGCCGUGAACGUGGCAGGCGACAAGGUUACAGAGCGACGAUGGCAGUGCGAUGGUGUUAAAGAUGUGGUUGUUCACAGAACUAUUCAAGGAUUUGGCCAUGGAUGGCCGAGUCGUAAUGCUCAAGGCGAGCCAUUCGAUACUCUGAGAAUUGGGCCUACAACAUGGGACGCUACGCCACUUAUCUUGGAGUGGUUCGCGAAGUGGACCUUGUAG